AUGUCCCGGAGAAAGAUCUCCUCGGAAUCCUUCAGCUCGCUCGGCUCGGACUACCUGGAGACCAGCCCGGAGGAGGAGGGCGAGUGCCCCGUGGCCAGGCUGUGCUGGAACGGCAGCCGGAGCCCUCCGGGCCAGUCGGGGGCCACCACCCCCGUCGCCACCGCUGCUCCUCCGCUAGAGGCGGCGGCGGCGGCGGCGGCAGUGCCAGCCCCCACCGGCUCCAGGAGGGCUCCUCGCAGGAGACGGGUCAACCUGGACUCGCUGGGCGAGAGUAUCAGCCGCCUCACCGCCCCCACGCCUCAGACCAUAAGACAGACUCUCCAGAGGACCCUGAAGCAUUAUGAGCGUCAAGUUAUUGGUUACAGGGAUGCUGAAAAGAACUUCCACAAUAUUUCAAACCGAUGCUCCUACACAGACCAUUCUGGCAAUGACGAAACUGAAGAUGUCUCAGGAAUUCUCCAGUGUACAGCAAAUAUACUAGGUCUGAAGUUUGAAGAGCUGCAAGAGAAAUUUGGGGCAGAAUUUUUCAACAUCUGCUUUGAUGAGAACGAGCGAGUUCUCAGGGCGGUUGGGGGCACCUUGCAAGAUUUCUUCAAUGGCUUCGAUGCUUUGCUGGAGCACAUCAGGACUUCGUUUGGAAGGCAGGCCACUUCAGAGUCCCCUUCUUUCCUAUGCAAAGAGCUCCCUGAAGGCAACCUGAUGCUUCACUAUUUCCACCCUCACCAGAUAGUUGGCUUUGCCGUGAUGGGCAUGGUUAAGGCCGCAGCAAGGAAGAUCUACCAGCUGGAAGUUGAAGUGGAGCAGGUUGCAAAUGACAAACUGUGUCCUGAGGACUCAAACCCGGGCAACUGCAACUGUCUCACUUUUCUUAUCAAAGAACGUGAAAAUGCAAAUAUCACGAAAGCACUUCCUCUAGGGACAUCCCAGUCCCCCUCAGACCUGAGAAUAAGCAUCAGCACCUUCUGCCGAGCAUUCCCCUUCCAUCUGAUGUUUGAUCCCAGCAUGCUGGUGCUGCAGCUUGGGGAAGGACUCAGGAAGCAACUUCGUUGUGAUGCGCACAAGUUGCUGAAAUUCCAAGACUGCUUUGAGAUUGUUUCUCCAAAGAUCGGGGCCACAUUUGAAAGGGUCCUCCUGAGGCUGUCUACGCCGUUUGUGAUUCGAACAAGACUUGAAGCAACUGGCUCUGAAAAUAAAGAUAAGGUAAUGGAAAUCAAAGGACAAAUGAUUCAUGUCCCAGAAUCCAACUCCAUUUUGUUUUUGGGCUCCCCCUGUGUGGACAAGCUUGAUGAACUGAUGGGUCGAGGCCUUCACCUUUCAGAUAUACCAAUUCACGAUGCUACCCGUGAUGUCAUCCUUGUUGGGGAGCAGGCCAAGGCCCAGGAUGGCUUGAAGAAACGGAUGGACAAGCUCAAGGCAACAUUAGAACGAACACAUCAAGCUUUGGAAGAGGAGAAGAAGAAGACGGUAGAUCUCCUCAUUUCUAUCUUCCCAGAAGAGGUGGCUCAGCAGCUCUGGCAAGGGCAGCAAGUUCAGGCCAGGAAGUUUGACGACGUCACCAUGCUCUUCUCAGACAUCGUGGGCUUCACGGCUGUCUGCGCACAGUGUACUCCCAUGCAGGUGAUCAGCAUGCUCAACGAACUCUAUACACGAUUUGACCAUCAGUGUGGAUUCCUAGAUAUUUAUAAGGUGGAGACAAUAGGCGAUGCUUACUGCGUUGCUGCAGGGCUCCACAGGCAGAACCUGAAUCACGCAAAGCCCAUCGCCCUGAUGGCCCUGAAGAUGAUGGAGCUGUCCGAGGAGGUGCUAACACCAGAUGGAAGGCCUAUUAAGAUGAGGAUAGGAAUUCACUCAGGAUCUGUUCUGGCUGGAGUUGUGGGAGUGAGGAUGCCACGGUACUGUCUCUUUGGCAACAACGUCACCCUAGCAAGCAAAUUUGAGUCGGGAAGCCAUCCACGCCGUAUCAAUGUCAGCCCAACUACAUACCAGCUUCUGAAAAAGGAAGAACAUUUUAUCUUCAUUCCUCGGUCCCGUGAAGAGCUUCCAGACAACUUUCCAAAGGAAAUUCCGGGGAUUUGUUAUUUCCUGGAGGUCAGAACUGGUCAGAAGCAGCCAAAGUCCUCUGUCACCUCUGCCAGAGUGAGAAAGAUUUCCUACAACAUUGGUACCAUGUUCCUGCGGGAAACGAGCCUAUGAGGCCUACUGCAGAUCAAAGACUCAUCAAAAAAGCACAAGCCCAGAACUGGGUCAUGACAGGAGAGAGGAGUUUCUUUCUUUUUCACUGCAUUGUUCCAGGCAAGCAGUAAAAGCUCCGUGAAAUGUCAGGCAAUAAUUCUUUUUAAAGGUGGGUGACUGCUAUCAGUAAACAAACUGGAAAGGGGCAGGGGAGGGAGCAGGGAUUUUUUAAAAAUUCUAAUUAAACAAAACACUUCUGUGUUAACAGAGCUUCUGUUGGUCAUCCGUGUCAAAGUGGAGUCAAAGUCAAACCCAUGGAUUCCACAUUGAGCUGCUGUGGAUGGGGGCAUGUCCUAAUGUGCCAGGAGGUCGCAAUUGUAUCUGUCCAGAUGUUAUUGGUCUCCCAUCUAGUGCUUCUUGGAGCAGUAGUCUAACAACAUCUGGAAGAGCGCAGGUUGCACAUCAGUGCCCUAAGCAUCAUGUCCCCUGUACAAGAGCCAUGAAAUGAAUGGAGUGCUGGCUGAAUUGCUGCAUUCUGUUCCGAAUGGUUUCCUUUUGGAAGGCUUAGUAUUCCUGCCCCCGCUUUAAACACCCUCCAUUCAUGUCAACAGAACGAGGGCACACCCACUUCCCAGGCACACGUAAAAUGCUUAGGAGUCACAGCAGCAGAACUUGGAGGAUCAUACUCUAGAUUUGCACCAGCUCAUCAGACCAUGCCUGUUCUGAUGCAUCCCUCCACCUAAAAGUGUUUCUCACCAAGGCUAAGGACUUCUGCUUUAUUGUUUAAAAACAAAAGAACACAUCAUACAAAUACUGUAGAGAUCAUUUAUAACCCUCCUCCCAGGAUGAGUUGUAAGUCAGUGUAUAAUACCAUAGGAAGUUUACCUAUUUUUUUAUCCAUUUCAUUUUCUGGACAAUACUACAUGUGCUGUAACAAAAGUGAGGCUGGCGCACCACUGUAUAUUCCAUGCCAUCUCUCCAACUCUCUUGAUGGUGACUGAAAUGAUGAGAAAGGCCAUUUCUUCGGGAGUUUGUAAGAACUACAUUUGGGGUGUGUUUUAUUUCUUUUUUCUGGUAUACGUGUCUUGGAUAUUUUAACCGAUGUUCCGUAUGUGUCUCACUAGUGUAUUUGUCCUGGCAUCAGACCAUUGCAAGCAGAACAGUCAUCGUUACGCUCAGCUCGUGUUACGUUUUAGGAUGUGGGACAUCCUAAGGCACUGGUGUUCAGGAAUGACCUGAAGUUCUCAGCCAAUCUUGAUAGAGCUUCAGCCAUCUUAACUCUGUUUGAGUUCUAUCUGCAGCAUUUUUAGAUAUGCUUGCCAUGUAACAGACGCCAAGUAACAGACGCCAAGUAACAGACCUUUGUAGAGAAGGAAACACACCUAAAAGUAGGUGGUUCAACAUCACAGUCUUCUUGUCCUCUGAACUGCUCCCUUGCUGUCAUGUAUCGAAGAUCUUCCUUUUGUACUGCCCAUCAGUUUAUCCAGUAUUUCAGCAUUCACAGUUACUAACCUGGAUCAAAAUUUCCACCUUUGAGUGCUGUUAGAUUUAAUGAGGAUUUUAGAAUAAGGGGAGAAAAAUAACACAUCUCUUGAGCAAUAUCCUAUUAUGUCUGCAAGUGCAACUACUCACACAGUGGGGGAUUAUCAGUUGGAAAAGUGACUGGUUGGAGCAGAAAUGCUCCUUUUCAGAAUAGGACAGGUCAACCAGGCUUGCAGAAGGGAGCUCUCCUGGACUGCCCCAGUCCAGGAAGAUCAUUGCUAAGGUUCCUUUUAGACUGCUAAUUCUGCAUUACAAUAAUACUUUCUCCUACUGGCACAAUGCAGUCCCUUUGUCCACCAUGUUGAUACUCACCAUUACUUCACAGCUUUCCAGAUUAAAUACUGCAUUUUAGAAAUAUUCCAUGCUUCAGAAUCCUGGUGUCAAGUGUCAGAAGUGUGGAUGGAUUCCAUAUUCUGCAGAGUUUUGUUUCCAUUCUGCCUUUUUUUAUAGUCUAACUACCCUGAGAGUAACUUCAGCUCUGUGCUGUAAGGUUUUUAAGUAAUAACUCUUCCAUAUUAAGUUAUCUUGAGUAUGUAGGGUAGGGUAGGACAGGACAGGACAAUGAUAGGUGGUGAUUGCUGAACUAGUCUGGUAGUUCAUUAAAAAUUAUAUCUUAGUUCAUCCCAGGCUGAACAUCAGCAGCAGUAUGAGGGAGCUGCUAUAAGCAUAAUGUCCCAAGCAUAAUGUCCCAAGCAUGAGAAAUCAUUGUUCCAAGCUGUUUUGCACUAGCAAGCCACCAGCAGUAUGAGUAUGCAGACUGAAGGGUUUCCGGAAUGUUGCCUAGAUAUUUCAUCCAGAGUAAAACUUCACUUGGAUGAAUAAAUAAGGUCAUGUACAUUUUUAAUGCAGAUUAAUUUGAUUA